GUUCCUUCAGCUGGCUGGCCUGUUAACGGGUGAACGUGCUCUCGUCACCCGGCUCCGAUUGUUCUCGAUCCGCACCGGUAACCGAAAAGGAGAUCGCACACAGGACGGUGACACAUUCCCACACCCGCUGCAAUGGCAUAUGGCGAACGCGAUCGUUCUGAUAGACGAGGAGGAGGCGGCGGUGGUGGAGGAGCACGCGGCGGCGGCAGUCGUUUCGGCGGACGCGACGGAGGCGGCGGCGGCAGUAGAUUCAGCAGCAGCGGAAACAGAGACAGCAGUUUCGGGAAUAACAAUUUUAAGAAUCGUCAGCCCGGGGAGCGCCUACGUAAGCCGCGAUGGGACAUGAGCACUCUGCCGCAGUUCAGGAAGGACUUUUACCAGCCGCAUCCCAACGUAAUGGCGCGGAGUAUUCACGCCGUGGAGGCGUACCGUUCCAACAAAGAGAUCACGGUGAAGGGAACUAACGUUCCAGGUCCCAAUAUUUAUUUCGAAGAGGGCGGCUUCCCGGACUACGUUCUCAACGAGAUCCGCAGACAGGGCUUCGGCGAGCCGACCGCGAUCCAGGCGCAGGGCUGGCCGAUCGCCCUGUCCGGCCGCGACAUGGUCGGCAUAGCGCAGACGGGCUCGGGCAAGACGCUGGCGUACAUCCUGCCGGCGAUCGUGCAUAUAAAUCAUCAACCCAGACUUAGCAGAAACGACGGGCCGAUCGCGCUGAUCCUGGCGCCGACCCGCGAGUUGGCGCAGCAGAUUCAGCAAGUGGCGUCGGACUUCGGUAUGUCCUCUCAAGUGCGAAACACGUGCAUCUUCGGUGGCGCCCCGAAGGGACCACAGGCGCGUGACCUCGAGCGCGGCGUAGAGAUUUGCAUCGCCACGCCGGGACGUCUCAUAGACUUCUUGGAGCGUGGCACCACGAAUCUACGUAGAUGUACAUAUCUAGUGCUCGACGAGGCCGACAGGAUGCUCGAUAUGGGCUUUGAGCCUCAAAUUAGGAAAAUUGUAGAACAAAUACGCCCCGACCGUCAGACUCUCAUGUGGUCGGCGACGUGGCCGAAGGAAGUGCGUAAUCUCGCGGAGGAGUUCCUAACGGACUACAUACAGAUCAACAUUGGUUCCCUACAAUUGGCUGCCAAUCACAAUAUUCUGCAAAUCGUGGAUGUGUGCGAGGAAUACGAGAAGGAGAGUAAGCUCAUGAAACUGCUGGAAGAGAUCUCAAACGAACCGGAAAAUAAGACUAUAAUAUUUGUCGAAACUAAGAGGAAAGUGGAUGAUAUAACAAGAGCUAUUAAUAGAUACGGAUGGCAAGCGAUUGGUAUUCACGGUGACAAAAGCCAGCAAGAAAGAGAUUAUGUAUUAAAUCAGUUCCGGAAUAGCAGGUCUGCCAUCCUUGUGGCUACCGACGUGGCGGCGAGAGGUUUAGAUGUCGAGGAUGUCAAAUUUGUGAUAAACUUGGACUAUCCGUCCAACUCUGAGGACUAUGUGCACCGUAUCGGACGUACGGGUCGCUCGCAGCGUACAGGAACCGCGUACGCCUUUUUCACGCCCAGCAAUGCUCACAAGGCUGGUGACUUAAUUCAAGUUCUAGAAGAGGCCAAGCAAGUUGUCAAUCCGAAACUGUACGAUUUAUCCCGGAAUCCUGGCGUUUAUAAAAGAGGACGAUACGGUGGACGCAGCGGAGGUGGUGGUGGUGGACGAGGAUCCGGAGGCCGUGGUGGCGGUUCACGAGGCACUCGCGGAGGUCGCGAUGGAGAUAGAGGUGGAAGAUUCGACCGCUCUUCCGGUACUGGCGCGAGCGAUCGCGGCAACAAAUGGUCCGGAAGCAGUAGCGGUGGCAUGGGCGGGGCUAGCUAUGGAAGCAGUAAAUCGUUCCCUCAAAACAGCUUCGGGAGUGGAACUUCCGGCGGUGGCUCCAAUAGCUACAGCCAGAACAGUAGUGGAUACGGCGGGAGCAGCUACAGGCAACAAAACGGCUAUUGACUUCAUGCGAACGGUCAAAAUAAUACUCCCAUCUGCGUUCCAGAGGGAAUAAUAGCAGUCAACGAUUGAUAUGAGCCGACGAGCCCAGAGUUGCAGAGAAUCGUUCCAAAAAAAAAAAAAAAAAAAAAAACAAAUUUACACACAUUCUCACGAGCAUUCGUCUCCUUCUUUUCUUUUCUAGUACACGUCAACUCUUCAUUAGCUCUUUAAGUAAUAUAAUACUAUCAAUUAUGCAAGUCACAUGUGUUACAUUUAGGAUAGCUCCUUAAUAUAUUUAGGCGAUUCAAUUAUGCCACGUGAUUGUCGCCGAAUGAUAUAGUAUUACAAUUCGAUCGGCUUGCCGCUGUACAUUCAAAUAAAAUAGUGUAAGAAUGACACUAUGAAAAGCUGAAAAACGUUGCGUUUCUCUCUGCUAAGUGGUUUUUUUUUUCUUCGACGUUUCUUUCGCGCAGAGUGCGUAUUUAUUUCUUAAUUUUACGUGCAUAUAUUUAUUUCUCUAGCGUUGUCGAUAACAUAAAGUACGUAGCGAUAAACAUUUUUUAUUUAUAUUUGUAAAAUUGCAAUUUAUUUUGAAUUAUUAUAAACACAUUUUCAGAGAGCCCUCUAACAAA